ACUGGAAGACUGAAACACUACGGAUGUGGCGAAGCGAAACCGCGAACACCGCCGUACUGAUAGCUGCUUGUGCUUAUUUAGCGGCCUGCUGCGAGCAAACAGAAACAAGAAGAAGAAUGUCCUCCGCUCUUCCCCGUCAUGUCAUCUGGGAGUCCGAAGGGCUGGUGGCCCACCUGAACCCCCGGCCCUGGACCCCGGGCUCUGUUAUCCUGGAGCGCAGCGUCCCUGGCAGCCUCGGAGGCAGCAUCUUCCACCUGGAGAAGCCGGAGUUCUUAUCCUGGUUGUUGGGGGCGAGAGCUGUUGCAGAGCUGCUGUGUGAUAGGUUGGGGGUUAGGAGGUGUGCGCUGGUCAGCCGACCCCACAGAGACAGACCGGCCCAGAUCCGUGUCCUCCCUCUACAUGGUCUGGAUGCAGAGUGGUGCCCUCACCUGGCAGGAGAAGAGGAGCACAACGCCCACGACCCGGGCUACUGCACCUCGAAGACCGCUGGCCGAUGGACUAACUCCAGCCUGACUGAAAUCCAGACCAAGAUUCGAGCCAAGCUCCCCAUCCCUGACGCCCCGCCCAAUCUGUCUUUCCUCGGGGACGACCCGGCUGAUCCUGGCCUGUUUUCACGCAUCGUUCGCGGGGAGGAGGAACAGUGGCGGGUGUGGGAGGACGAGGGUCAUGUGGCCUUUCUCACUCCUUUCCCCAACUCCCCCGGCUUUACUGUGCUGGUCCCACGCCGACCACUGACUUCUGACAUUUUCAGACUAGAAAAAGAGGACUAUGAGCGACUGGUGCUGGCAACCUGGGAGGUGUCGAGGCUUGUGCAGGAGGCGCUGGGUGCCUGGGGGGUGGGGCUUAUUUUUGAGGGCUUCGAGAUUGACUACGCUCACGCCAAGUUGAUACCCCUGGUUCUAGCUUCGUCAUCAGGGCUGGGAAAUGAGACCACUAAACCACCACCUCCCCAGUUUUACCCCACUUAUCCUGGAUAUGUGACCUCAGAAGAUGGACCUGAAGCCAGCCUGGAAAGUCUGAAGGAACUGCAGGUUAAAAUUACUCAGAUUUAAUGCUGUUACCUGUGGUUUGAUUCCUACUCACCUGCCUAACUUCUAAUAGUUUUAGCUGUGAAAGGAAUUUCUCUUUGCUUAUGAAUUAGAAGAAUAUAAUAGAAUGCAUUUUAUUGUCAUUUUACACAAGUGCAGUACCUGUGCAAUGAGAUUGAAGCAACUCCUUUACAGUGUCAACACAAAAUAUAAAAAAAUACAAGUAGUGCAUAAGAAAGAAAAAAGAGAGGGGGAACGUGGUGCACAGUUCCUGAGAGCAACUGUAUACAUAUAUAAAAUAGUAAGAAAGAUAAAGGGUUUGUAUACACAUUAUGCAAAUAAAAUAGUUAUUAGUGUAUCAAAAGACCUGAGUAUUAAAUAUUGCACAGU